AUGGCGUCUAACUACUCUUUUCUUCUUCUCUCUCUUGUGAUCCUGUGGUCUUCAUCCCACGAAUCAACGGCCGCCGCCGCGCCACUGGGUCCAAAUUCGACUGUGUACGAAAUUCUCGUCAAGUACGGCCUCCCCAGCGGCCUUUUACCGGACUCCGUCACUGGCUACACACUUUCAGAGGACGGUGAAUUUGAGGUCACCCUUGAGAAGCCCUGUUACAUACAGUUCGAUUAUCUGGUUUACUACGAGCAAAAGAUAUCCGGGAAGCUCAAUAUCGGCUCCAUCACUGAUUUAAAAGGGAUUCAGGUGCAGAGGCUCUUCUUUCUGUGGUUCACCGUCGAUGAAAUUAGAGUUGAUUUGCCGCCAUCGGACAACAUUUACUUUACUGUUGGGAUUAUCAACAAGAAGCUUGAUGUGGAUCAAUUCUUGACCGUUCGAUCCUGCAAGGAUAAGGCUGUGCAGGUUGGUGAGCUUCCGACCACAGUGGCAGUGGAUGAUAUCCCCAUGCUAGGGGUCGAAUAG